AUGAGCUCUCCAAGCGACAAGUCAGCAACAAACUCGCAACCUGAGGGCAGCAAGCCAAAGCCUUGCUGCGUGUGCAAGCCGGAAAAAGAAGAAAGAGACACCUGUCUCUUGUUUAACGGCCAGGAUUCAGGAAAAUGCGAUGAAUUUAUAAACAAGUACAAAAAAUGCAUGCAGGGCUAUGGUUUCACCGUUUAG